AGCCCAUAAGAAAGAAAGACAAAGACCCUUCCUUAGCUCGCACUCUUUCUCUGCUAACCAAAACCCGUAACUCCAUAAGAAAUUUGAAGAAGAAAUAAUAUUCUGCGCUGAGUGUUGCAUCAUCACGUUAGAGGGGGUGUGGAGAGAGAAGAUAGAGUGAAAUAAAUAGAAAGAAGAGGUGGGUUUUUGUUGGUGAAGGUGGAUAUGGCCUUUGCUUCUAUGUUUUGUUGUGUAAAGAAUUCCGAUCGGAAAGAGCGAGGAAAGAAGCAACCAACAUGGCGGAUUUUCUCCUUGAAGGAAUUACACUCAGCAACUAACAACUUCAAUUAUGAUAACAAGCUGGGAGAAGGGGGAUUUGGCAGUGUUUAUUGGGGUCAGCUUUGGGAUGGAUCACAGAUUGCAGUUAAAAGGUUAAAGGUCUGGAGCGACAAGGCAGAUAUGGAAUUUGCUGUUGAGGUGGAGAUAUUAGCACGUGUUAGGCACAAGAAUCUGCUGAGUUUACGUGGAUAUUGCGCUGAAGGGCAAGAGCGUCUGAUUGUAUAUGACUACAUGCCAAAUUUGAGCCUGCUCUCUCACCUUCAUGGGCAGCACUCUUCAGAAUGUCUUCUCGACUGGAAGAGGCGGAUGAAUAUUGCGAUAGGUUCUGCUGAGGGAAUUGCUUAUCUUCACCACCAUGCGACCCCUCAUAUCAUCCACAGAGACGUCAAAGCUAGCAAUGUGUUACUAGAUUCAGAUUUCCAGGCUCAGGUUGCUGAUUUUGGAUUUGCAAAGUUAAUCCCUGAUGGUGCAACACAUGUAACCACUAGAGUUAAAGGUACCCUUGGCUACCUUGCCCCCGAAUAUGCUAUGCUUGGGAAAGCAUCAGAGAGCUGUGAUGUGUACAGCUUUGGCAUUCUUUUGCUAGAGCUUGCAACUGGCAAGAAACCACUUGAGAAGCUGAGUGCCACAGUUAAAAGAAUAAUUACAGAGUGGGCUCAGCCGUUGGCUUGUGAGAGGAAAUUCAGUGAACUGGCAGAUCCCAAGCUGAAUGGGAAGUACGACGAGGAAGAGCUGAAAAGGGUUGUCCUUGUCUCUCUCGUAUGUACUCAGAAUCAACCAGAGAGAAGACCCACAAUGCUUGAUGUGGUAGAGCUACUGAAGGGAGAGUCAAAGGAGAGAUUAUCUGAACUGGAAAAUGAUGAAUUGUUCAAGCCCCCCCAGGCAGUUGAUUAUAAUGAUGGAAUAUCAGUUGCCGAGGACAGCUCGGACUUCAUCUCGGAGGAGAAGGAUGCGAACCGGGAAGUGAAAGAGAUUGUACAAGAAAAUACUCACGAUAGCUGAAAGUGUUUGCGCAUGUAAAAAUCAGGUUUGGAUUGAGUUUCUAGUUGAACACGGUAGCACUGGCAAAUCCAUUUAUCAGAGUUGUCAGGAAUGAUGCUGCUGCUAACAGCAUCGUUUUGUGGCUGCAAAAGUGUUUGUGCUUGUAAUUAUUGAGUAUACCAGGUGGCCUUGGUAUCUGUCUAGUAUUAAGUGUGUCCAGAUUUUUGGUUUGAAAGAAAAUUAGAAAUGGUGAAGAUGAAUGCUUUCCUUUCGUUUUGUAUUUUAUUCAAAUGUUAAUUUAAAUUGAGAUUCUUGAACUGGGAUGAAUCAAUGAAAGGGUAUGUUGUUCAAGCCAA